ACCCCAGAUGAGACUUUACGCGUCGGAAAGAAGAACCGAGGAAACAAAUCAGCAACAUAUUAGGAAUCUUCUUCAUCGGUCUUGCCCUGAUACUUUAUAAACGUUCGUUUUUGGUACCAAUUUUCGAAUCUAUCAAAUUGAGAUCCUCACGAGAACUCGAAUAAAUUGCGCUCAUACCCCUUAACAAGACACAAAGUCACGAAUUUCGUGGUUGUUUCACAGAAGGGAAAAAAAAGAAAAGAAAAGAAGAAGCCAGGUCAUGGCUACACCCUUGACUGUGUGAAGUGUGACUUCAGUGAAUCCAGAAUAGGAAGCAUACUAAGAGAGUGAGAGAGGAGACAAAGGUUGGUUUUUCAUGGAAGAUACCACACAGCGUGUUGUCCUUCCAAAACUAUUUCAAGAGAGAUUAAGGAUGAUAUCGGAAAUAGUGGAGAAGGGUCAACGGAGUGAAAGCAACAAGCAAAUACUGAGGUCAACGCUCAAGGAUAUGACUCCUGUGGUGCAGGAGAUCAAGCAGUAUAACGAACACUUGAACCCACCCAGACAAGAAAUCAACACUCUUAUUGAAGAAAAAGAUGCAGAGGAGGAGCUUGUGUGCAAAUGCUUCUCCAAGUGUCUCUCUUGGUUUCUGUGCAGAUUUGGGAUCAAGAGGGGUGGUUCAUUUGCUGGUGGUGACAAGCAAGCUCUUGUGGCAAAAGAUGUUGAAGAGACACUUUACAUGAUGAAAGAAAUUCUUGAGCUUCUUAGCAAAGAGAAUUUUGAGCAGAAGCUUGGUGGUGUUGGAGGACCUAUCAAGCGUCCUUUUUGUGUUCCUGAAAACCCAGAAUUCACUGUUGGGUUGGAUGUGCCGUUGAGUGAGUUGAAGAUGGAGGUUCUCAGUGAUGGUGUGUCAGUUGUUGUGCUCACUGGGUUGGGUGGAAUGGGAAAAACCACUUUGGCUACGAAGCUCUGUUGGGAUGAAAAAGUCAAGGGUAAAUUCAAGGAAAAUAUUUUAUUUGUCACCUUCUCAAAAACACCCAAGUUGAAGAUUACUGUGGAGAGAUUAUUUGAACACUGUGGAUACCAGGUGCCUGAUUUUCAAAGCGACGAAGAUGCAGUUAAUCAAUUGGGAAGUUUGCUGAGGCAAAUUGGUAGAAGUUCAAUGUUGUUGGUCCUGGAUGAUGUUUGGCCUGGCUCAGAAGCCCUUGUCGAGAAAUUUAAAGUCCAGAUACCAGAUUAUAAAAUUUUGGUGACUUCUAGGGUUGCAUUUCCUAGAUUUGGCACCCAGUAUAUCUUAAAACCACUUGUUCACGAAGAUGCAAUAACCCUUUUCCGUCAUUAUGCUCUCUUGGAAGAAUGCGUUUCAAGUAUUCCUGACAAAGAACUUGUCCAAAAGGUUGUGAGAAACUGCAAGGGUUUACCACUUGCCAUCAAAUUGAUUGGAAAAUCUCUCUGUCAUCAGCCUUCUGAGUUGUGGUUAAAGAUGGUGGAGGAAUUGUCACGGGGUCAUUCUAUACUUGAUUCUAACAUUGAAUUGCUAAAUUACCUCCAAAAGAUCUUAAAUGUCUUGGAAGAUAAUACUAUCAUCAAAGAGUGCUUCAUGGACCUAGGGUUAUUUCCUGAAGACCAAAGAAUUCCUGUUACUGCUCUCAUUGAUAUGUGGGCAGAGUUAUAUAAACUAGAUGAUGACGGCAUAGAGGCAAAGACCAUUAUCAACAAAUUAGAUUCCAUGAAUCUGGCUAAUGUCUUGGUAGCAAGGAAAAAUGUUAGUGACACAGACAAUUACUACUACAAUAACUACUUUAUUGUCCUUCACGACCUUCUGAGAGACCUUGCAAUUUAUCAAAGCACCCAUGAGCCAUUGGAACAGAGAAAAAGAUUGAUUAUCGAGAUAAAUCAAAAUAAACCUGAGUGGUGGCCUGGGGAGAAGUCAAAACAGAAACCCCAACAGGCUGCUGCCCACACAUUGUCGAUAUCAGCUGAUGAAAAUUGCACUUCAUAUUGUCCCCAAAUGCAACUAGCUCAAGUUGAGGUUCUCAUUUUUAAUCUUCGAACUAAGCAGUAUUCAUUUCCAGAUUUCAUGAAAGAAAUGAGUAAACUGAAAGUUCUGAUAGUCACAAAUUACAGUUUCCAUCCUUCUGAAAUGAACAAUUUUGAACUACUCAGCUCUUUAUCUAACCUGAAAAGAAUCAGACUAGAGCAGAUUUCUGUUCCUUCCUUUGUCACAGUGAAGAAUCUUAAAAAGUUAUCCUUCUACUUGUGUAAUUUGAGACAGGCAUUUGAAAACUGUGACAUGCUAAUUUCAUAUGCAUUUCCAAAUCUUGAAGAGUUGAAUUUUGACUAUUGCAAAGAUACGAUGGGAUUGCCUAAGGGGCUCUGUGAUAUCAUCUCCCUGAAGAAGCUCCGUAUUACUAAUUGCCACAAACUCUCUGCACUGCCGCAAGAAAUUGGCAAGUUGGAGAAUUUGGAACUCCUAAGUCUAAGUUCCUGUACUGAUUUGGAAGGGAUACCAGACUCUGUUGGAAGGCUUUCAAAUUUACGACUUCUUGACAUCUCAAACUGCAUAAGCCUUCCUAAUUUACCGGAGGACUUUGGUAAUCUGUCUAAUCUACAAAAUCUCUACAUGACAAGUUGUGGAAGGUGUGAAUUACCAUUCUCGGUCACUAAUCUUGAGAAGUUAAAGAUGGUAAUAUGUGAUGAAGAGACAGCUGCUUCAUGGGAACCUUUUAAACAAAUGCUUCCCAAUCUAAAGAUAGAUGUUCCUCAAGUUAAUGUUAACUUGAAUUGGCUUCAUACAAUUUCCUCCUAACACUUCAUGAAAUUCAGGUUGUCUUUCCAAGAGACAUUGAUCACACCAGAAAGCAAAAAGAACAAAAAACAGUUUUCACAUUGAAUUAUGGUGAAAUGAAACGUCCCUAUUAACCAUUGCUGAAGGGGAUUUACUGUUAGGGAAUUCAUCAAACACAAAACAUUUAUGAAUAUCCAAGUUCAAAGAGAUUAUCAAUUAUGUGAUCAGCUAGGAUAUCCAUCCUUUUAUGUAUCCAUCAAUUGGAAAAGACAGCUUGAGUUGAGUGGCAACUCACUAUGUCUCCAGCAUCUACUGUGGGAAUGACACAACUAAGCAAGGGUCCAAGGUCAUGCAAAUCUUUAUUCUAGUAGCAAUGUGCUUACUUGUCUUUAUAAAAGCUGCAAUGUCUUGGAGAACAUAAGACCAUUAAAUGUUUUAAGGACCUAGGUUUUUUUCAUCUGAAGACCAGAGAAUCCCCAUGAUACCAGUGCAACAGAGAAAAAUUAUGAACUGGUCAACCUGAACAUGGCUGAUUUUCGUUGUUACAAGGUAAUGUGGGAUGGCCUUAAGUAAUUUGAUGUGCUGUAUGAUAAUCAUGUAAGGCCACUUAUAACUGUAAACAGGAACGAGAACUCUGUAAUAUUGGUUAGUUUUUCCGCAUGGGGAGCAAGAGGCAAAUGAAUUCUGACGAAGAAAGUGAGAAAAUGGCGUGAAAAAAGGAAAUAGAAAGGAAGGAAAUGAGAUGAUAAUAUGAAUAUUUUAACAUCUGUUUGAGAGGAGAAAUAGGAAGCUUUUUCCGUCGGAUAUUAAAAAACACUUCCCUUUAAAAUUUGCAUGAAAUGGGAGAGAAAUGAUUUUUUUUUAAUUUCUUAAAAAUUAAUUUUCUUUCUAUAACAAAAUUAAAAAAAUAUUUAAAAAAAUAGUAAAUGUAUUAUUUUCAAAUAAUACAAAAUAUUUUUAUAUUAUUUUCUAUUUUCUUUUUCACUUGUCCAUAUAAGUGGAGAAAAAAUUACUUUCUUUACUCUUUUUUUUUAAACAUUUGUUUUACUUAUAAUUCAAGCAAAACAGUAGUGCUGAAGGGUAUACAGUGUUCUCCAUAAACAAGUAAAUUAAAAGUUUCACUCAUGACAUCUACCUGCAGACAAAGGUAAUUUCUUCUUGCCUUUCAAUUAUUUUCUCUUAGAUCUUAGAUAAAUCUGAUUUGAGUGCGUCAAAACCUUUUCUCAGCAAAUCCAGCGUGCGGUUGAAGAACUUGCAGAAGUUUCUUUUUCAAUGUCCAAUGUGUGAAUGAAGCAUUUGAAAUUUGCUAUAUCCAAGAUUCGGAUUUGACGAAAAAUUUGGUGUAGAUGAACUUUGACUACUGCAUUGUGGAGCCAUAAGUGAUUCAAUCUAAUCUCAACUUCAAUUGCAUUCGCAAAACUGGGUUUGACUACAGAAUAAAGAGGGGGACAAAAUAAGAACAAUAUAAAUGAGAAAGUUACAAUAAUAAGAAUUAUCUAUACUAAUAAUAAAAGAGAUUUUCUUAUUUAA